AUGGCCCAUGCCCCUCUCCUGAGAACGAACACUGCACCGACCUUGGUUCAUCAGUCCUCCCACGGUUUCGGAGCUGCGCCAACCACCAUGAGCAGUGCACCGCGUGGGAGCCAACUCUCUGGCUCGACAGCCUACAACAGCUCAUCGGCAUCGUUAGCCUCACUCUCUACCGCGACAACAUAUGCACCUAGCUCCGCUCCUGGCACGGUCGUGGCCACCUCCAACAUUAUCAACCAAAAGGCCGAUGCCUCCCGGUCUCUCUAUCACCUAUGCAUGUCCUUGAAGGCUCGUCUGGCCCUAGUCCCCGGAUUCGACGAGCAUCUUCGACAGCUCGACCCUCACGAUCCCGUCGAGUCUUUAUGGGGCCUUUUCCGGAAAGGCUAUCCUCUUCUUACCAUCUACAAUGCCCUACAACCAGCCGAACCUCCCCAGAUUGGCAAUCUAAAUGCCUCGGAGAGUAAACGGUCCAAGAUCGCCCUUUUCAAGUUCAUAGAGGCCUGCUUGAAGGACUUGGGUGUCCCUGCUGCGGAAUGCUUCGUCAUCAGCGAUGUCCUGGGUAACGACACCACCGGUUUCGUCAAGGUGACCCAAGUGGUAAACCACGUUCUCGAUAUUGCUGAACAGCGUGGGCUGUUAUUGCAACGGCAGCCGUAUCCCGAAGAUGAACUCACGGUCGAGCCUGGCUCAAAGCUGAGCACGCGUGACUACAUUGUCAGGGAGUUGGUGGACACGGAACGCAAAUACGUGCAAGAUUUAGAGAACCUUCACGAUCUCAAGAGCAGCCUCGAAACAAAAAGCAUCGUGCCCGGCGAUACUAUCCACCAAAUAUUUCUCAACAUCAACGCUAUUCUCGACUUCCAGCGCCGGUUCCUUAUUCGCGUCGAAACAACCAACUCGAUGCCGCAGACGUCACAACAAUGGGGCUCUCCUUUUGUCGCGUACGAAGAUGCGUUCGAUAUCUAUAGACCGUUCAUCGCCAAUCAGCGAAAGGCUGGACAAGUUGCGAACCAGGUAUUCGAUCAGAUCCGAUUAUCGGGACAUCCUGUAGCUGUGGACUUCAACACCCUUGACAGCUUUCUUCUUAAGCCCAUGCAGCGCCUUGUCAAAUACCCCCUCCUUCUCAAGGAUCUACUAAAGCAGAGCGAUGACGAGGACGAGAAAGCCGACCUCUCAGCCGGCAUUGAGGUCGCCGAGCGCAUUUUGACCAAGGCCAACGAAGAGAUAAACCGUGAUGUGUUGGACGAAGCCCUCGAGGAUCUUCGCAAUCGGGUAGAUGACUGGAAGAACCACAAAGUCGAACAAUUCGGCAAGCUCUUGCUCCAUGGCGUCUACACAGUGGUCACUGGCAAGUCCGAACAAGAAAAAGACUAUGAGAUCUACCUGUUCGAGUGCAUUCUGCUGUGCUGUAAGGAAGUGUCGCAGAACAAGAGCAAGGAUAAGAAGGACAAGACGAGGUCGACUGGCCCCAAGAUCAAAAACAAGAACGCGCGGCUGCAGCUCAAGGGUAGAAUCUUCAUGACGAACGUGACGGAUAUUGUCACCCUUUCCAAGCCUGGUUCACAUAGUGUCCAGAUAUGGUGGAAGGGCGAUCCCGGAAUCGAGAACUUCAUGAUCAAAUUCAACAACGAGGAAGUACUGAAGAAGUGGGCCCAAGGGCUCGAGGUACAGCGCAAAGUGAACGACCCGAAGGCAAACAGCCCAGAUACCUCGACUCCCGAGUUCGCAUGGACAAGAGAACACGGAUCUGAACUCCAGAACCCCUACCUUAACCAGCAGGACGACGACGACGACGACGACGACGAACUAGGCCCGACUUCGGCCCCGGCGCAGUUCCCCCCGCCGCCGAGUGGUAGGAUCCCGCGCAACGCUUCCAGCAACAGCCUGCGCCAGCGUUCAGCAACUAGUGACAGCACCCACUCCCUUGCCAGCAUGGUUCGCGCGGCGCCACCGCGUUUUCCGAUGCCACCCCCCGCUCCUCUGAGCCUUCAGACGCAGGGCCCCGGCCAGACCUCACCACUUCCCCGGGGCGGGGAUUCGUAUUUCUCCCCCAUUGCAGAGUCUCCAGCUUCGUCACGCACUAGUACCGCCAGCAGCAUGGCACCUCCUUCUGCCUACCCGUUCCCUAAGACGGGUACCCCGCAACCGGGCUGGGGAGAAGACCACAACAGGUACACGGCGCCGGCAAUGCCUCGCUCAUCAUCCCGAGAUGGGACCUCGCCCAACCAGUACGGUAUAAGCGGCAGGAACGCUAGAGGACCAUCAUUGCCGGCCAUGGCGUCAAACAGCCAGAGUGCUGCGCAGCAACAGCGGAGCCGGUCGUACAGCACUCCGGACAUCAACGGCCCCAACGUCCCUCCCGGCUCCCGACGAAACCCAAGUAUCCCGAACAUGCCGGUGCCGGGCAUACCGGCACAUCUACACGCAGCACAUGACAGCAGCAUCCCUCGAUCUCAGACCGGAUCGCCGAGGUUGAACGAGCUUCCGGUCCGGUCUAACACCCAGAGCCCGAGUACGCAGCGGGAACGCCAAUAUGGUCAUCAGUCGACGGGCAGUUACGGGGGCACGAUGGCACAGUUCCCCAGUCAGCCCAUCUACCAGCGACAACCGACACCGAACCAGGGUCACUCGGAAAGGCAUCUGAGCAUUGACGCGACAGCGAGUAGAAGGAUUUCGCCUCCCUUGGGCACUGGCACACAGACGAAUCCGCUCGCGAGUCCGGACCUACCUCUCCCCACGCAGCUCAAGGUCAAGGUCAAUUGCGUGGACAGCGGGAACUACGUCACGCUUGUUGUCGCGUUCAACAUUACGUAUCAGUCUUUGAUAGAUCGCAUCGACGCCAAACUCGCCCGGUUCACGAACAGCAGCAUUAGUAAGGGCAUGCUGAAACUGCGGUAUCGAGACGAAGAUGGUGAUUUCGUGACGAUUGAAAGCGAUGACGAUAUCCAAAUUGCGUUCCUGGAAUGGCGAGAAGGUGCUGGGAACAUGUAUCCUGGGGGUGUCGGCGAGAUUGAGCUCUUCUGUGUUGGGGACACCAGCCCUGCGUCCUGA